CCCACCCCAUUCACCCGCUUUCCAUCACACCGCCCCAUUCUCCCGCUUUCCAUCACCCCGCCCCAUUCUCCCGCUUUCCAUCACCCCGCCCCAUUCUCCCAUCACCCCGCCCCAUUCUCCCGCUUUCCAUCACCACGCCCCAUUCUCCCGCUUUCCAUCACCCCGCCCCAUUCUCCCGCUUUCCAUCACUCCGCCCCAUUCUCCCGCUUUCCAUCACCCCGCCCCAUUCUCCUGCUUUCCAUCACCCCGCCCCAUUCUUCUCCUUCCAUCACUCCGCCUCAUUCUACCUCCUUCCAUCACCCCGCCCCAUUCUCCCGCUUUCCAUCACCUCGCCCCAUUCUCCUGCUUUCCAUCACCCCGCCCCAUUCUCCCGCUUUCCAUCACCACGCCCCAUUCUCCCGCUUUCCAUCACCCCGCCCCAUUCUCCCUCCUUCCAUCACCCUGCCCCAUUCUACCGCUUUCCAUCACCCCGCCCCAUUCUCCCGCUUUCCAUCACCCCGCCCCAUUCUCCCUCCCUCCAUCAGCGCGCCCCAUUCUCCCUCCUUCCAUCACCCUGCCCCAUUCUCCCUCUUUCCAUCACCCUGCCCCAUUCUCCCGCUUUCUAUCACCCCGCCCCAUUCUCCCUCUUUCCAUUACCCUGCCCCAUUCUCCCGCUUUCCAUCAUCCCGCUCCAUUCUCCCCCUUUCCAUCACCCCGCCCAAUUCUCCCUCUUUCCAUCACCCCUCCCCAUUCUCCCUCUUUCCAUCACCCCGCCCCAUUCUCCCGCUUUCCAUCACCCCGCCCCAUUCUCCCUCUUUCCAUCACCCCGCCCCAUUCUCCCGCUUUCCAUCACCCCGCCCCAUUCUCCCUCUUUCCACCACCCCGCCCCUUUCUCCCUGUUUCCAUCACCCCGCCCCAUUCUCCCGUUUUCCAUCACCCCACCCCAUUCUCCCUCUUUCCAUCACCCCGCCCCAUUCUCCCUCUUUCCAUCACCCCGCCCCAUUCUCACUCUUUCCAUCACCCUGCCCCAUUCUCUCGCUUUCCAUCACCUCGCCCCAUUCUCCCUCUUUCCAUCACCCCACCCCAUUCUCCCUCUUUCCAUCACCCCGCCCCAUUCUCCCGCUUUCCAUUUCCGCGCCCUACUCUCCAUCUUUCCAUCAUCCCGCCCCAUUCUCCCGCCUUCCAUCACCCAGCCCCAUUCUCCCUCUUUGGAUCACCCCGCCCCAUUGUCCCGCUUUCUAUCACCCCGCCCCAUUCUCCCGCUUUCCAUCAUCCCGCCCCAUUCUCCCUCUUUCCAUCACCCCGCCCCAUUCUCCCGCUUUCCAUCACCCCGCCCCAUUUUCCCUCUUUCCAUCACCCCGACCCAUUCUCCCGCUUUCCAUCACCCUGCCCCAUUCUCCCUCUUUCUAUCACCCCUCCCCAUUCUCCCGCCUUCCAUCACCCCGCCCAAUUCUCCCUCUUUCUAUAACCCCUCCCCAUUCUCCCUUUUUCCAUCAACCCGCCGCAUUCUCCCGCUUUCCAUCACCCCCCCCCAUUCUCCCUCUUUCCAUCACCCCGCCCCAUUCUCCCGCUUUCCAUGACCCCGCCCCAUUCUCCCGCUUUCCAUCACCCCGCCCCACUCUCCCGCUUUCCAUCACCCCUCCCCAUUUUCCCUCUUUCCAUCACCCCGCCCCAUUCUCCCGCUUUCCAUCACCCCGCCCUAUUCUCCCUCUUUCUAUCACCCCUCCCCAUUCUCCCGCCUUCCAUCACCCCGCUCAAUUAUCCCUCUUUCUAUCACCCCGCCCCAUUCUCCCUCUUUCUAUCACCCCUCCCCAUUCUCCCGCUUUCCAUCACCCCGCCCCAUUCUCCCGCUUUCCAUCACCCCGCUCUAUUCUCCCGCUUUCCAUCACCCCGCCCAAUUCUCCCUCUUUCCAUCACCCCUCCCCAUUCUACCUCUUUCCAUCACCCCGCCCCCCACUCUCCCUCUUUCCAUCACCCCGCCCCAUUCUCCCGCUUUCCAUCACCCAACCCCAAUCUCCCUCUUUCCAUCACCCCGCCCCAUUCUCCCGCUUUCCAUAA